AUGUCUCCAAAAUCAGAUUCGGUGAAAUUGGAUGUUGUUGGCGAAGAAGAAGCAGCUGUAAGGGAUGAUAAUAUUUUCCUCCUCGCGGGAACGUGGAUACGGCAGCAAGACGGGGUUUUCGAGUUCAAAUUUGACAUGUCUAAGAUGUGUAGGUCUAUUAAUUGCAGGAAAACAGACGGAAUUGAUGCAUUUAGGUCGAAAGUCAGCGUUGAGUACGAUAUCGACUAAUUUGAGGAGGAUUACGAGUACAAAGACGAGGCUGGCAUCGGGUCUGAUGACGUGCCAUAUAUUGAUGAGGGUGACUACUAUUACGAGGGUAGUGACUAUGAUUGGGACUGGUGGAUGGACUAUGUGAGAAACAACGGGAAAGGGGAAGCGUAUGUGAGAAACAGAGGAUUAGUAGGCAGUGAUGAUGAUGAUGACUUUGUAGAGAAUCCACGAGUGCGUAACAUCCGGAAAUGGACAAGCAGGAUAAAAGCUUGUGCUGAUCCACCUCCGCGUUGUAGAGAGAAGUGGACUUGA